UGAGGAGGGCCAAGUGAUUAUAGAAUCACACUGUUCAUACAGAUCAAUUCGUUACAAUAGCGCAUUGAGGGAGUACAAAAAAAGAAACUCGAAGUGGAUGAAAUUAGAGCUAAAUCAGGAACAUUCAAUGAAGACCUAGGGUUUGAUUAUGGUUGGCCUGUCCAAUGGAAGACGAGCAGAAAUCCUGGAACUGUGGAAUCCAAAUAGCAGAAGCGGGAGAUUGAUUUAGCCACAUUGUUUUAUAAAUGAUGACAUGUGUUUUCUGCAAUUAAAAUAAGAUGUUAAAAGUAAAACGGUGAAAGUAAAGCUGUGUAUCGCCUUUAGCCUUGCUGUGGAACUGAGGACUGGCUGGUGGAAGGGAGUGAACGAUGGAGCCACAGGUCCCUGCAAAGCUGACUUUCGAUCCCAGUGAACAUCAGCAUAUCCGCUACAACCCUCUUCGUGAUGAGUGGGUCCUGGUCUCCGCACACCGGAUGAAGCGGCCAUGGAAAGGGCAGAUUGAGAAACCAGCAGAGGUGAACGUUGCACGUCAUGAUCCAACUAACCCUCUGUGCCCUGGAGCAACGAGGGCAAAUGGAGAGGUGAACCCAAUGUAUGAAAGUACUUUCGUUUUUGACAAUGACUUCCCGAGUCUUCAACCAGAUGCCCCAGACCCAGGUGUCAGUAAACAUCCGCUGUUUCAAACGAAAGCUGCUCAGGGAACUUGCAAGGUCAUGUGCUUCCAUCCUCACUCUGACAUCACCUUACCACUAAUGUCCGUUUCAGAAAUUAGAACCGUGAUUGACAAAUGGGCGGAGCUUAUGGAGGAACUGGGGCCAGUAUAUCAGUGGGUGCAGAUCUUUGAAAAUAAAGGUGCUAUGAUGGGAUGUUCGAACCCACAUCCACACUGUCAGGUCUGGGCUAGUAGCUUUCUUCCUAAUGAACCGAGAUUAGCUGAUCGGACACAACGAGACUACUUCAACAGCCAUGGAGCGCCAAUGCUAGUGGAGUAUGCAAAGUUAGAGUCUCAAAAGAAGGAACGAAUUGUGGUUGAAAAUGAAGAGUGGUUGGUCAUCGUGCCAUAUUGGGCAACGUGGCCUUUUCAGACACUACUUCUUCCAAAAAGACAUAUACUUCGUUUACAGGACUUGUCUGAUAAAGAAAGGGAGAGUCUUGCUUGUAUUAUGAAAAGACUCCUGACUAAGUAUGACAAUCUAUUUGAGGUCUCUUUUCCUUACUCUAUGGGAUGGCAUGGAGCCCCCACAGGGCAGCUGUCUUCCAAUGACAACCGUCACUGGCAGCUUCACGCACACUACUACCCGCCACUGUUACGUUCUGCAACAAUUAAGAAAUUCAUGGUUGGGUAUGAGAUGCUUGCUCAGGCCCAAAGAGAUCUCACGCCCGAACAGGCUGCUGAACGACUGCGGAACCUACCAGAAGCUCAUUACAAGUUGAUGCGGAGAGAAUAAAGAAAGGACCUUGCAAAUGAACAAAAUAAACUUCAAAAGACAGCUCCUCAUGAUUAUAGCAUUAAACUUUUUGGAAAUGUUUAUCGUUAAUCUUUAAAGCACAAUUUUCCCAGCUAUUGCUUGAGCAUAGAUGGAUGUAUUCCAGUAAGCUGGCAGCGCAGUGGCCACUCUGGGUCCAACAGAGGUACAUUUGACCCCUGCCGUCACACUACCUAUUCUCCUCGCUAUCCUUCUAGCUAUUUUUCUUCCCCUCUCCCCACCUUUUUAUUCUGUUGUCUUCCCCCUUCCUUUCCAGUCCUGGAAAGGGGGCUCAUUCUGAAAUGUUAGUAACUGUUUAUUCCUUUCCAUAGGUACUGCCUUACCUGCUGAGUUCUUCCACCAUUUUGUGUGUGUUGCUUUGGAUUUGUUCAUCCUGUAUGUCUUUCUUAUGAUCACAGGUCACUGCUAGAUACUAAGAACAUCAAGUACUGCAUGACUAAUCCAUCAGCUAGUUGCUGGAUGGCAAUGCAGCUGGACUUACUGUGUACCAUUGUUCUGUGUGGCCUGGACUUGUUACAAAACAUAGUGCUGAGAUGUUGCACAAUGUGAAUGAUUGUCUUGGACUUUUUUCUCAUGAUUGCAAGAUGCUGUUGGAUAUUGUUAAUGUAGGAUACUGCAAGUCUAGUUCAUUGGUUCUGUGGAAAGACCAACAGCAAGGGACCUAUGUUGCCUUGGUUGUGGCGAGGACUAGGCCCUUACCACAGGGUCACCUGGUGCUGUUUUCCAGGGCUGAGGGAGAGAGCAGAGGCCUGUGUCGGUGUGCUGGGAUCCGUACUGGCCCCCCUCGUCGGUGAUCGCCUCCAGUUUCUGCGCGGUGCUGCUCUGCAAAGUUUGCUGAGUGGAAGAGCAAGAUGAGCCAGGGCAGCUUACUGUCAACCUACCGUCAUGCCACUCAGGGACUUGGGCUAUAUUUCUUUUCUCUUUCUCGUGUUUAUCCAUUACUCUUAACUUUUCCCUCCUAGAUUAAGCUCCCAUUUUUUUAAUGUCCUGAUCCCUAUCCAGGAGACUCUUACUGCCCCUAAUGCAGAAUCCUCUAUCAACACCUCUGGCGGGGCAUUAGAUACACCCACCACUCUCUGCAUAAGUAAAUACCAUAAGACCAUAAAACUUAACAGCAGAAUUAGGUCAUUGGGCCCAUCAAGUCUGCUAUGUCACUGUAUCAUGGCUCAUUUAUUAUCCCUCUCAUCUUCAUUCUAUUUUCUCCCUGUAGCCUUUGACAACCUUACUAAUUGAAGCCCUUAUCAACCUUUGCUUCAACUGUACCUGAUGGCUUGGCCUUCUCAGCCAUUUGAGGCAAUGAAUUCCACAGGAUUCACCACCCUCUGGCUAAAGAAAUUCCUCUAUACUUCCCUCCAAUCACCUGAAAAUUAUGUUCUCUUGUAUGAGCCCUGGGAAAAGAUCUCUGUCUAUCCACUCUACCUAUGCCUCUUAUGUUCACUAUCUAUCACUAUUGAGUCAUCUCUCAUCCCCUUUUGCUCCAAAGAGAAAUGUGUCUAUUCUGCAUUCUAUGUUGUGUCCAUUCUAGAUGGGCUCAAUUCAAAGCAUGAUUGAAUAAAAACAUUGUCUCCUGUCAGUUUGACUUCAGCAGAAGUCCGAUGGAUCAACUUCACCGACAUGUGAUUGAGAGAGUACAGGGCAAUUUGUGAUUCAGUUUAGCAGCCUGUGAAGGGAAAAUGGUUCUGGUAAAUUUAUGAAAGUCAGCUUCUGGAAUGCAAGUAAAUACAGCAAUUGAUCAGGGAAGCUUGCUGCAGUUAGUGGGUUCCUGAAAUUUACUUGUGGUGACCAAAUCACUGAUCUGAAAAGUUUAUUUUAAGUUCAAUGAUUGGGCAUCAUUCAGCAGUGGUGUGUGCGGUUUUGUGUGGUUUUAUUAAUGGAAAGGCAAAGUAUGGGAUUUAUGUUCACAGGGCAGGAACAGCAUGUCCAUUCACAAGUACUGCUUGCUGCCAAGUUAAAGAACUUCCCUCUUAUUCAAAUUGGCAGUUUAACAAGUAUGAGUUAAGUCCAUCCUCACCAUCAAUAUUUGUAUUUAAAAAAAAAUAAAUAUCUACAUGUGAUCAUCAUUCUAGCUCUUUCCUGUCCAAAAAGGAAAACAGAGGUAGGAAUUGACAACUGGCUAUUUCCAAGUAUCUGCAUGUAAUUUGUCAUCAUGGUCUUUCCUUACCAGGAAUUAAUACUUUUAAGAUUUUGAAAUAAAGAAAGCUCAACCUCU